AUGGCUAAAGUGCAUCCUCAUCAAGCUCUUUCUCUCUCCCCUUACUUGACUCGUGAAAGAGAAACAUUCACCAUAUGGAUGAAAUCACUUGUGUACCACACAAAUGGUUGCACAGUUUAUAACUCCAAUGGCCAAAUUGUAUUUAGAGUAGAUAACUAUGAGAAAAAGUGUAGCAAUGAAGUCCAUCUUAUGGAUCUCCAAGGCAAAGUUCUCUACACCAUAAGAAAAAAGAAAUUACAAGCUUUUGGUGGAUCAUGGGAUGGCUAUAAACGGGGUGGUUCCAACAUGAACAAGGAGAAACCUUGGUUUCAAGUGAAAAGACAUUGCAAAAUGCUAAUUAUGGGAGACAUGGCUUGCCAAAUAACUGUUGGAUGUGAUAAGUACAGGAUAGUAAGAUUGGCAGGCAAAGGAGGAUUCAGAAUAGUGAACAACCUUGAUGGAAAGAUUAUUGCCGAGGCAAAACAAAAGCUAUCAACUUCUGGGGUUGUGUUAGGAGAUGAUGUAUUUUCUUUGGAAGUGGAACCUCAUAAAGAUCAUUCCCUUAUAAUGGCUCUUGUCAUGGUCUAUGGAUUAAUACGUCGGAAAAUGUAA